CAGUUAUAUAUUCAACAUGGGUUUAACGAUUUUAAAUUAGCGCAAACAGACAGAAGAGUGGGCAGUUUAUGUUUGAAAGCAGGAGUUUCUCAGAGUUCCCAUGUUAAAAAAUCUCUAUGUCAUGACCACUGUCAAACAUUGGUAAUUUUUUUCAAACAUUAAGUAUUUGUUUGAACAGGUAACCAACACAUUGAAAACAAAUUGAGCAAUGAAAGUGAAGAUGAUAGUGAUCCGUAUCUCAGCCUGAAUGAUAAAGUUCAAAGUGAACAUAGUAAUCAGAUUUCGAGAGAGAGCAAUAAAGCAACGAGCUAUCCUACCAACGAAGGACAAAUUAUUCGCCAACAUAAAUUCUACGUUCACAGCGUAUGGCUAGCCGUGCAGAGUUCCUACUUCCGUUCCUUGUUUGACUCGGGAACGAAGGAAUCAAAUACGCCGGAAGUUCAUGUUCAGAUCUCGGAAAGCGAAGAACAAGUUCAUUUGAUGUUAUUGGAAGCAAUGUAUAAAAUUGAUACGUUGGAUAAUGCUAGUGUUGAUGAACUCAUCGAAGUUUUGAAACUUGCUCAGAAAUACGACGUCAAACUUGUUUUUAAGAAGUGCAAGUACUGCUUAGAGACCAUGGUGGACUCCCUUGAACUUUUUGAGAAGAUUAUACGCUUUAUUAAAGUUGAUAAUGCAAUGGCAGAUGUUGAAGAUCUUGAAAAGAAGCUCCAGUCAUUUCUUGCAAAAGAAUUCAGCCCUUUGGAUAUAACAUGGCAGACAACACGUUUUACAGAGCUGUGCGAGCAUUCGUUAAAGUGCCUUCUGAGUAGUGACGAACUGAUCGCAGCCAGUGAGAACACUAUUUUUCACGCAUUGAUGUAUUGGAUCGAGCAACGUGGAAUUGAUAAUGUCUUAGAAAGUCAAGAGCUUCCAUCAUUGUUGUCCGUUGUCAGAUUUGAAUUGAUGCCGAUUGAUUACUUGUACAAUAUUGUGCAACACAAUUCUGUCGCGAAGAAGUUACCAGAUUUCAAUGACCAUUACCUAAGAGGAAUAUAUUAUCAUGCUCUAUCGGAUACCUUGAAGCGACGGUUGCCAUGUCAACCAGUGAAAAGGAAAGCUAAUACAGAGUCCUUCAUUUCCUACACAUGGGUGAUACCGAAAGAUAAAUUGGACAAGCUGGUUCUAACUGGCAAUCCACUCCAAUCAGGCAAAUUCUGGUACUGUGGGUACAGAAUGGUCCUGGUAAUUAGUCGUGCUAUCAAGAUUAUGGAUUUGGCAGAAAGCAAAGCAUUGUUCACAGCCACACUUUCCUUAGCAGUCAUUAACUUAGCUCAACAAAGUGAAGUGGUGAUUCAAUGGCAGGCUGCUAGUCGGUCUCCUACAUCAAUUCCUGUUGGAAAAACAUCCACAUUUGACGAAAAAGCAUGCAUGUCAUCUGUUAAUAUAAGAUAUGAAAUGAAAGUCAAGCACAAAAUAAAUAGCAAUGUUACUGGGACGACAACAAUACCUGGAUUCAGUCUUGGCCCUCCUGAGCCAAAUGGAACCCCUACUACUGUAACCCCUAUUGGUUCGUCUCCUUUCAGACCAAGUGGUGGACUCGGUUUUAGCCCUACUAAGUCAAGUGUAAAUACCACUGUUGGGACAAAAACAAUAACUGGAUUUGGGUCUUCUACACCUCCUUCCAACCCAAGUGGUAGCCUCAAUUUUAGCUCUCCUAAACCAAGUGUAAACACUACUACUGGGACGACAACAAUGCCUAGAUUUGAGUCUUCUACAUCUCCUUCCAUACCAAGUGGUGGACUCAGUUUCAGCUCUCCUAAACCAAGUGGAAACACCAAUGUUGGGACACCAACAAUGCCUGCAUUUGGGUCUUCUACACCUCCUUCCAACCCAAGUGGUGGACUCAGUUUUAGCUCUCCUAAACCAGGUGUAAACACUACUGCUAGGACAACAACAAUAUACAUAUUUGGGUCCUACACGCCUCCUUCCAUACCAAGUCGUGAACUCGGUUUUAACUCUCCUAAACCAAGUGUAAACAUUACUGCUGGGACAUCAACAACACCUAGACUUGGGUUUUCUACAUCUUUUUCCAACCCAAGUGGUGGACUCAGUUUCAGCUCUCCUGAGCCAACUCUAAAAACUACUGCUGGGACAGCAACAAUGCCUGGAUUUAUGUCUACACCUCCUUCCAACCCAAGUGGUGGAUUUCCUAAACCAGGUGGAAACACCACUGUUGGGACACCAACAAUGCCUGGAUUUGGGUCUUCUACAUCUUUUCCCAACCCAAGUAGUGGACUCAGCUUCAGCUCUCCUAACCCCAGUGUAAACACCACUACUGGGACACCAACAAUGCCUAGAUUUGGGUCUUCUACAUCUUUUUUCAACCCAAGUGGUCCAAGUGGUGGACUCAGUUUUAGCUCUCCUAAACCAAGUGUGAACACUACUACUGGGACACCAACAAUUCCUGGAUUUGGGUCUUCUACAUCUUUUUUCAACCCAAGUGGUCCAAGUGGUGGACUCAGCUUCAGCUCUCCUAAACCAGAUGUAAACACUACCACUGGGACACUGACAAUAUCCAGAUUUGGGUCUUCUACAUCUUCUUCCAUACCAAGUGGUGGACUCAGUUUUAGCUCUCCUAAACCAGGUGGAAACACCACUACUGGGACACCGACAAUGCCUAGUUUUGUGUCUUCUACACAUGCUCCUAAACCCUGUGGUGGACUCAGUUUUGGCGCCACACCCAGAAGAAACACAACGAAAAAGCAGAAAAGUCCAACUCCACUAUGCUUAUCCAUUGAAGUAAAAAUGAACCUCGUGUAGACUUCAUGCUUUGGUAUGAGCUGCUGAACUCAUAAAUUGUUUACAAUUUAAUUGCAUAUUUAGUUUAUUCAGUUAAACUAAUAUAAAUAUAGUAGUAAACAUUGAAGAACACUGUCACUGGAAGUUAAAUGGAAGACAGAUAGUUAACUGAAG